ACCAGAUCUAAACUCAUCGCUCUGGUCACAGUCAUGUCCAGGGCUCUGCUGCUCAUUCUUGGCGUUCUGCUGCUGCUGCUAUCGCUAGCCCAGGGAGGGAUCCGCAGGAAAAAGCCAGCAUAUGAAGUAGAACGAGGCGUCCCUGUCAUCAAGCCGUGUGAGAGAAAGCCCAAGUUGUAUCUGUGCCAACGCCACUGUGAGGCUGACGAAGACUGCCAAGCCAAUAACAUAUGCUGCUCCGCCACCUGCGGGAACAUUUGCGUGAACCUGUUGGAUGAUUCAGUGUGGGAAGAGCCCCCUGCUCUCCCUGAAAACUUCUAUCCAGAGGGUCAGUCCUUCUCUCAGGUCAUCUUUGACGAUGUGGUGUUUCCGCCCACAGCCACUUCAAACUUAUCAGUCUAUAUCCAAUGAAAACCAAUGGCGCCCCCUAUGUGUGCCCUUCCAGGGUCGGGCUUUUCUCUCUCUCUCUCUGUCUCUCUCUCUCUCUCUCUCAUUAGUAGUUUGCCUUUAGUGACAUGGGUAGGCCAAGCAUGGCAGGGUCUCACAGACCGGAGGAGAGUGUUUCCUCUGGACUCUUCGCUCAGGUCUCUGUCACAUACCUUCACCAAAUCUCCAGUUGUUCGUCCCUGUUGUAUACGGACACACCAAUGCUGGGGCCUAGUUGGGAAGUGAGACUCCAGUGGUUUUAUUAACUGAAUGUUCUCCACCAACCCCAAACUACCCUCUUUUAGACUCUUCUUUUGAUCCGCAGACAUGUCAGAAAGCGGUGAAACAGGUGAUUUGUACUGACAUUACAAAAAAAAAAAAAAAAAAGAUUUGGUACAAGGUGGCUCCAAGCUCCUGCGCUGAUUAAGUUCCUGUCCUGACUUCAUUUGAUGAUAAACUGUGAUGUGGAAGCAAAAGCCAAAUAAACCCUUUC